UUUUCCCCUUUCCCCUGCGUGUGUGUGUGGGAACUUUCCCCCCUCCCCCUGCCCCCUCCGCCGUAUAUGUGACCAUGGCCGUACCGGCUGCUUUGAUCCCUCCGACCCAGCUGGUCCCCCCUCAGCCUCCGGUCUCAACUUCUGCCGCCUGCACCACCACCACCACCACCUCGUCGUCGGCCACCUCGUCGUCGGCCACCUCCUCUCCGUCUCCGUCCAUCGCUCCCCCGCCGGCCGCUUCGGGGACAAACCUAUUCCGGCCGGAGCCCAUCGCAGCAGCGGCGGCGGCAGCGGCGGCCACAGUCACCUCCACCACCAGCGGCGGCGGCGGUAACGGCAGCGGCGGCGGCAGCGGCGGCGGCAGCCCCAGCCUGGGCACCGGUGGCGGCGGCGGCGGCAGCAGCAGCAGCGGCGGCGGCAGCGGCGGCACCUCCACUCCCAAUGCCAGCGCGGCCAGCGCGGCCGGCAGCCUGCCCGGCAAGCCCGUGUACUCGACCCCGUCCCCGGUGGAGAACACCCCCCAGAAUAACGAGUGCAAGAUGGUGGAUCUGAGGGGGGCCAAAGUGGCCUCCUUCACCGUGGAAGGCUGCGAACUCAUCUGCCUGCCCCAGGCUUUCGACCUCUUCCUGAAGCACUUGGUGGGGGGCUUGCACACGGUCUACACCAAGCUGAAGCGGCUCGAGAUCACGCCCGUGGUCUGCAACGUGGAGCAGGUCCGCAUCCUGAGGGGGCUGGGGGCCAUCCAGCCCGGGGUCAACCGCUGCAAGCUCAUCUCCAGGAAGGAUUUCGAGACCCUCUACAACGACUGCACCAACGCCAGUUCUAGACCUGGAAGGCCUCCUAAGAGGACUCAAAGUGUCACCUCCCCAGAGAAUUCUCAUAUCAUGCCACAUUCUGUCCCGGGCCUAAUGUCUCCUGGAAUCAUCCCGCCAACAGGUCUGACAGCAGCAGCUGCAGCAGCAGCAGCUGCCACCAAUGCUGCCAUAGCAGAAGCAAUGAAAGUGAAAAAAAUCAAAUUGGAAGCUAUGUCCAACUAUCAUGCAAAUAAUAACCAGCAUGGAGCAGACUCUGAAAAUGGAGAUCUGAAUUCAAGCGUUGGGUUGGAACUUCCUUUUAUGAUGAUGCCCCACCCGCUGAUUCCCGUGAGCCUACCUCCAGCCUCUGUCACGAUGGCAAUGAGCCAGAUGAACCACCUCAGCACCAUCGCCAACAUGGCGGCAGCAGCACAAGUGCAGAGCCCUCCCUCCCGAGUGGAGACAUCUGUUAUCAAGGAACGUGUUCCAGACAGCCCUUCUCCUGCUCCUUCUCUUGAAGAGGGCCGAAGACCUGGCAGCCACCCAUCCUCUCAUCGGAGCAGCAGCGUGUCCAGCUCUCCCGCACGGACCGAGAGCUCUUCAGACAGAAUCCCAGCUGUCCAUCAGAACGGGCUCUCUAUGAACCAAAUGCUGAUGGGUUUGUCACCUAAUGUCCUGCCUGGACCUAAGGAGGGGGAUCUGGCUGGUCAUGAUGUGGGACAUGAGACAAAAAGAAUGCACAUUGAGAAAGAUGAGACCCCGCUCUCCACACCAACCGCAAGAGACAGCCUUGACAAACUUUCUCUAACUGGGCAUGGGCAACCACUACCUCCGGGUUUUCCAUCUCCUUUUCUAUUCCCUGAUGGAUUGUCCUCCAUAGAGACCCUUCUGACUAACAUCCAGGGUCUGCUAAAGGUUGCUAUAGACAAUGCCAGAGCUCAAGAGAAACAGGUCCAACUGGAGAAAACAGAGCUGAAGAUGGAACUCUUCAGGGAACGAGAACUGAGGGAAACACUUGAAAAACAGUUGGCUGUGGAGCAAAAGAACAGAGCAAUAAUUCAGAAAAGGCUAAAGAAGGAAAAGAAGGCAAAGAGGAAAUUGCAGGAAGCACUUGAAUUUGAGACUAAACGACGAGAGCAAGCAGAGCAAACACUGAAACAGGCAGCUUCAACAGAUAGUCUCAGGGUCCUAAAUGACUCUCUGACCCCAGAGAUAGAAGCUGACCGCAGCGGGGGCAGAACAGAUGCUGAAAGGACAAUACAAGGUUCACUAGAUGCCUAUGCCUAGCUCCCAAUCCGGUUUCCCAAGACCCCCUCAUCCCACACAAAAAGAUGGAAGACUUUAUUUGAAAACUACUGUCAUGUAUUGAAUUUUUCCUGCUGAAAAUACGUGUGCUACGGUAAAGAACAUUGCAGUAAGACAUUGGCUCAUAAGGAGUUCUGUGGAAACAAAACGUUUUCAGACCAACUUCCUCAACUUCAUUUAUCAAUGUUCUUCAAAAAUGUAAAGAAUUCUGCAAGAGUGUCCUCCUUUGGUUAUCUCCUGUGGCUCAACCUGGAGAUCUAGAGAAUGUUUGUAAAUGUGCAGUAGCACUGUUCUCACAGCAAAAAUCUGCAUCUCUGCGCCGGACUAUUGUAUCCAAAAUUACAGGCGGUCAGAACAAGGCUGAGUAUUCCCUUUUUCAAGGAAUGCAGACUUUCUCCUCCUCUGAUGAUUCUAUAUUUGAGCACAUCCAAUGAUCCUUCCAGCGGUGUCCAAGUACACUUGCAGACUGUUAUACCAUACCGAAACCAGCAAGACAGCUCAGAAAUGAACUCGUAGAGGGCAUAAGAGGAUUCUUAUUUAAAAAAAAAGGUAAAAAAAAAAAAGGUAAAAGAAGAAAAAAUUGAUACAUUCAGUUUUCAAACAAUGAUCGUGGGUUUUUCUUCUAAAGACAUUUUUUCCACAUGCUUUCCAAGAGACCAACACAUAUAUGUUAGACUACAUUAAGUGAAAUGGAAUUUUGUGUAAGUGAAAAGAAAUGCUGAAUGUAAACAAACUGUUUUACCAUUCACAAAGUCUCUUUUCCUAAAAUAAAAUUUAAAAAAAAAUAAAAAGAAUAAUAAUUUCUCAUUGUAAACUGGCAGGGGUUUAUGAAAUAAAAGACUUUGCUUCUUAUCAAAAUGUUGGUCACAUGUACAGUAUAUAACACAAAUCACACAAGGAAGGUAUUAUGUAUGCAGUAGAAAUCUAGAGUUUAGGAAAUGAAACUUUUAGAUAAUAUUGUUUUGUCACCCUGUUGGUCAGAAAGACACCUUUCUAGUUUUAACGCAUGCAGGCAUGUAAAUAUUUGUCCUGGAGUCACAGUAUUACUGAAUGAGAUCUUAAGCAUCUGGUAACAAGUCAGAAUUCUGUAUCAGCCACUUUUAUUUGUAUAUUGAGCCCUGGUUAGUGCCCUGACUAGUGCACUUCUAAGAAUGGACUGUGGCUGAGCAGCAAGUCAAAAUGCCAGAAAUAUUUUUAUAUGUUAAUGUCAUAUUACGUCAAUGUUGCUAAAAAAAGAAAACCUAACAAACACUUGAUGUAUCAGUCCGAUUCCACGUAGAACUGAGUGAUACAGUUGAAGUCUAUUGUCCCUCCCACCUUGUCUUAGGGAUGGAUGGUUAUGUGUUACUUUCACUGUCUUUAUGAAAGCUACAAUAUGUGUUUUCACCUUUGUGCUGAUAACUGGAAGUAAGCUGCAAAACACUGCUUAUUACAUUACUAAAAAUUAUGUUCUUUGCUUUGCAUACUUUUGGGUUACCCCUUUAAAGACUGAUUUUGUGAAUCAGUGCUAUUACUGUAAGUUUUGUGAUUAUGCUUUCUUCAUCUAAUGUUUUAUGCAUAUAAAAUAUUAUUUAUUACAUGGAAACAUAUCAAAACCUUAAAUGUCUAAGAUGCCUAACUUAAAGCAAAUAUUUCUUUAAAAGUAGUUCUGAUUGGAUAUUAAUAUUAUUUUGUCAAAAAAAAAAUCUAAUGUUUUGUAAUCUCUAGCACUGAGCUUCUAUAGUUUGUAGGUCUUCCUCGCAAUACUGGUACACAUUUAUUUUGUGCAGUUCAUAUUUACUCCACCACAAUCCUUUUUUAACAAUAGAGAUAUGUAUAUACAAGUUCACAUCACAGUAAUUUUUUUAAAGAAAUAUUGAGCAAUAUUUUUCAUUAAAUAUUGUUGUCUAAUACUUUGUAGUGAUGUUAUUUUCUAACCAUGAUUCCUUCAUGAUUGUCAUAGUUGCUUAAACACACAUGGGAUUCUGUACUCCAGUUUUUUCAUAUGCAGUCUUUAAAGGGUUAACAGCUGUAAAGUUAGAUGGACUUGUGGCAAGCUUUUGAAUCAUUCAUAUCUGAAAGAGAAUUAAAAGCCUACAACUGAAAUAUGUACUAGCAUUUACCAUUGCUCUGCUCCUUGCAUAGAGUCACCUGUAAGUAGGUUUAGUAGUUUUACAGUAUAUUCUUUCAAGACCUUUGGGAACGCCUCAGUGUUUGGCUUGGUACAUAAACAGAAGUGUUAAGGAUUAAAGGGGAACCAAUUUAUGAGCUGGAUGUUUAGAAAGAAUCUUGCUAAAAACAGUGUAAAUAUUACAGACCAUGAGAUGUUAACGUAAGUUGAAGUUUUUUGCCCCUCUUUAGUUUUACAGGUUUUGGGUUGGUAUUUUGGUUUUGGGUUUUGAUUUGGAUUUUGUUUUUUUUUUUUUUGCAUAGAUUAUGAAGAAAAGUUGUCCUCAUGUUAUUGUUUAUAUGCUUUUGUAAUCUUAAAGAUAUUAAUGUCUAGUUGUUCUAUAUUAUAACCAUAUUUGCGCUCUAUGCAAGCCCUUGGAACAGAACAUACUCAUCUUCAUGUAGGACCUAUGAAAAUUGUCUAUUUUUAUCUAUAUAUUUAAAGUUUUCUAAAAAUGAAAAAAGGUUAUUACGAAUUUUGUUGUACAAAAUCUGUACAAAAAUCUGUUUUUACAUCAUAAUGCAAGAAUUGGAAAUUUUUCUAUGGUAGCCUAGUUAUUUGAGCCUGGUUUCAAUGUGAGAACCACGUUUACUGUUAUUGUAUUUAAUUUUCUUUUCUUUUCAACAAUCUGCUAAUAAAACUGUCUGAAAUCUC